AUGGCCAAUAGCGACUGCCGAGCAGUCCCUCUACACGAAAGAGUGGCUUUCCUGAUCCGCAUGUCAGAUCUAGACACUGCUGCCAAGCACGCCCGCCUUGCUCCCUUUGCGGAGCAUGAAUUUCAACGUUGUUUUGCCACUACUAGUGCUGACUACGUGGAUUGGGUCUGCGGCUCAAUCAUCGUCGCCAUGUGCAAAGCCGAGAGGUAUAGAGACGCCCUUGAUCUGAUCCAAUAUUUCUUCAACGAGCAAAAGAUGAUACCGUUAGAGGGUUCCUUCAAUCACGUCAUCAAACGCGUCUUGGACGGCUCUUCAAACGCCAGAACGAUCCUCCUCGGGGUGAAAAGGUUGGCCCAAGCCGGAAGCUUCGAUGAAGCCAUGGAUCCGUUCCCGAUGAGAUGUGGUCUCAGAAGCUUGGAGCGACUUCCUUUUGGCGUACGUUUGGAUGUGUCCAACAGUUUGAUUCGGGAACUUUUGGAUCUCGGGAGAUUCAAAGAGGCCUUAAAACUCUUUGGCGAAAUCAAUAUGAGAGAAGACCACAACCGUGCCGCGGUUGCAAGUGCGACAUUCAUGGAGUAUUGGUUCAAGCAAGGUAAGGAGGAGGCUGCUAUGGAUUGUUACAAUAACUUGUUAGCACUGGAGCUCAAUAGAGGACCCAGGAUUUUCUUUUACCCAGGUCCUCCGAUGGAGCUGACAGAAAUUGGAUCGACUGGUGCAAUAGCACUCUUGGAAGUUCUUUUGAAGUAUGACAAGAAAACCCAAGCUUGGGCAUUGUUCCAUCGUCUUUUAGACAUACAGACACCAUAUUUUGAUACGGAUACACUAAAUCCAACAAUGGUUAAUGAGUGUUUCAAGAUGGGUUGGUUUAACGCGGCCAUCCAGACGUUCAAGAUACUCAGGAGGCCAGAGGCUACUGAUUUCAGAAACAUUAUCACUAGGUUUUGUGAGCUAGGCUUGUUUUAUGAAGCAGAACAUUUCUUUGCCGAAAUGCAGCAGACACAACUCUCCGUAGACCCUGACGUUUCCACUUUCACAGUUCUCAUGGAUGCAUAUGUUAAGGCAGGGAGAUUCGACGAUGUUCUCCGAAUCUCAAACCACAUGGUCGAUGCAUCUCUCAACCAAAUUGCUAAGCUGUCUUGCCUCUCCGUAUGGGGCCAAUAUUAG